UCCGGGGUCAUAGAGUGGCAGUGACACGAAAUACGCCACCUGCUGGUGAACUCAAGCAAUUUCACUUCUAUCUUAGGGAGUGCUUCCCCUUACACCUCUGGCAGUACGGCAAAGAUGGCGGGUGGCGAGAGCUUAGAGACUGUCACGGAACAUGAAAGGAUUCUACAGGAGAUUGAGAGCACCGAUACUGCCUGUGUUGGUCCAACACUCCGGUCUGUUUAUGAUGAUCAGCCAAAUGCACACAAAAAAUUCAUGGAAAAACUUGAAGCCCGAAUUCGCAACCAUGACAGAGAAAUUGAAAAGAUGUGCAACUUCCAUCAUCAGGGAUUUGUGGAUGCUAUUACAGAGCUACUUAAAGUCCGAGCUAAUGCAGGGAAACUGAAGGUUCAAGUUACUGACACCAAUCGACGACUCCAGGAUGCCGGAAAAGAGGUGAUUGCUCAAACAGAAGGAAUGAUUGGGUGUAGAAUGCAACAACGAAACAUUGCCACUACAGUUGAAAAACUGCAGUUGUGUCUUCCUGCACUAGAAAUGUACAGCAAGCUAAAAGAACAGAUGGAAGUUAAAAGAUACUAUUCUGCAUUGAAAACGAUGGAACAGCUUGAAAAUGAUUAUCUGCCCCGGGUCAGUCAUUACCGUUUCUGCCAGAUUAUGACUGAAAAUCUUCCUAAACUAAGACAAGAGAUCAAAGAAACAUCUAUGUCAGAUCUUAAAGACUUUUUAGAAAGUAUUCGAAAGCAUUCUGACAAAAUAGGUGAAACAGCAAUGAAACAGGCACAACAGUUGAGAACAUUUCACAGUGCUGUACAAAUACAGACCAAAAUGAGUUAUGGAAGAACUCUCCAUAUGAAAAAUGGCAAUAUUUCAGACCAAGUAAAUGGAAUUUCACCAGACCAGGGUUUAGAAGAAGAAGAUGGUGAAGAGGAGGUGUUGACUGCUCAAGAUCUUGUGGAUUUUUCUCCUGUCUAUAGAUGUCUACACAUUUAUACAGUUUUGGGUGACAGAGAGACAUUUGAAAGUUACUACAGGAAACAGAGAAGAAAACAAGCACGACUAGUUUUACAGCCACAGUCCAAUAUGCAUGAAACUGUUGAAGGAUAUAGGAAAUAUUUCAAUCAAAUUGUAGGAUUCUUUGUAGUUGAAGACCACAUCUUACAUGCAACGCAGGGAUUGGUAACUAGAGCAUAUACAGAUGAACUUUGGAAUAUGGCACUCGCAAAAACUGUUGCUGUUCUUAGAACUCAUUCAUCGUACUGCACAGACCCUGACAUUGUCUUGGAGCUGAAGAGCUUGAUAGUCAUCUUUGCAGAUACGUUACAGGGUUAUGGUUUUCCUGUGAAUCGACUGUUUGAUCUCUUGCAUGAAAUAAGAGAUCAGUAUAAUGAAACUCUACUGAAAAAAUGGGCAGGAGUGUUCAGGGAUAUUUUUGAAGCUGAUAACUACAGCCCAAUUCCAGUGUCAAAUGAGGAGGAAUACAAAAUGGUUAUUAGCAGGUUUCCAUUUCAAGAUGCUGAACUUGAAAAGCAAACAUUUCCAAAGAAGUUUCCUAUGUCACAGUCAGUGCCUCAGAUUUACAUGCAGGUUAAAGAAUUUAUUUACGCAAGCCUUAAAUUUUCCGAAUCACUUCAUCGCAGUUCAACAGAGAUAGAUGACAUGCUUCGGAAAGCAACAAAUCUUUUGUUGUCAAGGACAUUAAGCAACGCCUUACAGAAUCUCAUCAAGAAGCCCCAUAUAGGUUUAACAGAGCUGGUACAGAUUAUUAUUAAUACAACACAUCUGGAACAAGCGUGUAAAUACCUUGAAGACUUCAUAACAAACAUCACAAAUAUUUCUCCAGAGACAGUUCACACUACACGGCUUUAUGGCCUGUCUACAUUUAAGGAUGCAAGGCAUGGAGCAGAAGGAGAGAUCUACACUAAGCUUAACCAAAAGAUUGAUGAGUUCAUUCAGUUAGCGGACUAUGACUGGACCAUGUCUGAGCCUGAUGGUCGAGCUAGUGGUUACCUAAUGGAUUUGAUAAAUUUCCUCAGGAGCACAUUUCAAGUUUUUACCCAUUUGCCUAAUAACAACAAUGACCAUGCUGCCAUGUCGGGGAAAGUUGCCCAGACGGCUUGCAUGUCAGCUUGCAAGCACCUGUCCACUUCCUUGAUGCAGAUGUUACUGGACAAUGAACUGAAGCAGAUAAGUAUGGGAGCCAUCCAGCAGUUCAACCUCGAUGUUAUUCAAUGUGAAUUGUUUGCUACUUCUGAGCCUGUGCCUGGAUUCCAAGGAGACACCCUGCAGUUAGCAUUCAUUGACCUCAGACAACUUCUUGAUUUAUUUAUGGUAUGGGACUGGUCUACAUAUCUGGCAGAUUAUGGGCAGCCAACAUCUAAGUACCUAAGAGUAAACCCUAGCACUGCACUUAUUCUCCUAGAAAAAAUGAAGGAUACCAAUAAGAAGAACAACAUAUUUGCACAAUUCAGAAAAGACCGAGAUAAACAGAGAUUAAUUGAUACAGUUGUCAAGCAGCUCAGGAGUUUGGUGAAUGGAAUGUCUCAACACACCUAAGCAUUAGCCAGAAUCCAGAGUUUUGCCAGCAUUUGUUGAUAAUCUAUAAUAAGAAUUUUUGUAACACUGAUGCAACAGAGUAAAGAAAGAACAUUGCUAGAUAAGAAAAAGUGAAAAAAAAAGUUUGUAUGUAUUUUCAUGAUGGAAAAUGUUUUAUAUAUUAUGAAUUGAUACAAUGAUUUUAUCUUCUUAAAAUUAUCUCAGACAAAUGGAUUUGUAAAAAAGAUAUUUGGUUUCUUAUACUGUAUAUACUAUAUUUAUGAACUCAUUCAAUGAUUUUAUUUUAAGAAUGCCUCACAAACAAAAUGAUUUGUAAAACAAUAUCAUGUAUGUUGUACAAUAUUAUGUGAAGGAUUAUUAGAACAUUCAGUAAUAAUGAGUUUGUGUUACCUUUUUUAGUGUCUGAUGUCAAUAUAAAAAAAUUUAUUGGGAUAUCAUAGUCCCAGCUCAAGCACUGGUUGAUCACCUGUUAUGCAUAAUUAACACUUAUUUCACAUUUUUUCAAAUUGGAAGAGGCUCAUUGUUAUAUCAGGUCAUAACUGAGUGCUUCUACUGGUUGUAUGGAAAUCUCUUAGGGGUCAGUUUGAGAUCACUGAAAACUGUUGGAGAGUCAAUUUUUUGACUUUUAACUGAGAACAUUUCACAUGUAGAUUUGUAUGUAUUUAUUCUUUUGCACCUUUGUUACAUGUAGUUUUCACCCCCAACCCCAAACUAUUGUUAGAACUUGUUUUGCAACUUCUCUGUGUUGCUGCCAUCAAAAUCAUCUAACUAGUGAGUGAUACGAGGCUCCCUCCAAAAGACUUCCACAUACACUGAGUUUAAGUUUAACACACUCUGAUGGAUAGCAAACUUUGUGAAAAGGUCAAGGCUGCUUCCAUUUAAAGCGCAGGAUGAUUAUACUGUAAAGGAGAAAAUAAUUGCUUGGGAAGUUAAAUCACGAACUGAUACAGAGAAACUGCAGUAGAAAAACAGGACAUGGCCCAGUGUCACAACCUCGUACUUGCAUGCCAGAGAGAUCAGAAAAAGGAAGGUGGACAAAGGAUCACUUAGAUGAGGCUAAACUUAAAGAAAAAACUCCUGGGACUUUGAAAUCCUUAGACUGACUAGUGUCUUUACACUUAGUCAUGUUAGCCACUGAUGAAUUUGGGGUAUGUUUUCCAGGUUCAUCUAAGAAGGGUGAUUUCUUCAUUAAAAAAGUGAUGAAGUUUCUAUGGGCAGUGGAACCACUAAUGUCAUCCAGAUCUCAGACUCUUUUUGUUUGCUUGUUAAAAGAAAUGUGGAUGAGGAAUGUGUUAAGUGAGUGGUUAGUCAGGAUGGCCAAACACAUUUUCAGGGGUGUUGCUGAAAUUCUUAAGAUUCUCACUGUAGUCCUUGAAAUAUUACAUGUAGAAAUGUGAGGGGAAAGAUACUAAGUGUGAGGUUGUGGCAUCUCAGAGUGUUCCCAUUUCUGUUAUGGAGGGGCACAAACCUCCAAGCAAAACUGUUGUAGUGGUAUAACAGUGUCAAUUUUCUCUACGUUUAUUUUCAUUUUAUUUUAUUUUUCUUGAGUUUUGAGACUCACAAUUUUGGGUCCAGUUUUUGUGAAAGGAAACCCUUUUUUUAAUACUUCUUACAGAGCCUACCAUUUCAGGUUUCUCAAAAUGAUAAUCUUUGCCUAACACUUUAAAGGAAAACAUGGAUUAUUGGGAAAUCUGAUGAAGGGUUGAAUGACUUUCACUAUCGAUGCUUGAUUCCUAUGUUCAGGAUUUUAUAAAGAAUGAACACACAUAUAAUACUGUAUGCUUGUCUCUGAGGUUUGUAUGCAUCCAGGCUGCAGACAGAGAUCAUUUUCACUCGCUUGGAAUUUUUUCAUUGGUUUAUUUUAGCAAAUGUGUAUUAAAGGACAGUGUCUAACAUCAUUAAUUUUCUCCUGAAAAGGGGCUUCUGUUAAUAAAAAAAAGUUUAAAUAAUUGUAAA